AUGGCCGUGACAUCAACUUUUGACUCGCUCGCCAAUGUCGUUGCUCCGUUCGGCAUCGUCCAAGGCUGUGUGACUUUGGUGCUGGCUGUCUCUGCAUGGGUGGUGCUACAUGCCACCUACAACGUCUAUUUCCAUCCAUUGGCUUCCUGUCCAGGCCCUCGGCUUGCUGCUGCGACGAGCUUGUACAAGGCAUACAUCGACGUCUUUGCGAAGACCGGCUUUGUCCAGGCUCUGGAAAAGUUACAUGCGCAAUAUGGUAGCUAUUCACAGGAAACUAUCAACCGCAGCUCUCUGACCCCCCCUACAGGCAACGUGGUAAGAGUGGGCCCCAACGAGUUGCACUUUUCCAAUCCCGAAGUCUACCACGAGAUCUACAAUGCAAACAACCGCUGGGACAAGGAAAAGAACCUGUAUCACAGCUUCGGCGAAGACAGAUCGUCCUUUGGGUUUCUCGAGUACAGAGACGCCAAACCGAGAAAGGACAUCCUGGCACGCCUCUUCUCGAAGAAAGCCAUCACCGAGGCUGAGGGCCUUGUUGUUGCACUGUGCGAGUCCUUUCGUCGACACACAAGCAGCCCAGUCAAUUUGCAUUAUGCCUUUCGCUGCAUGUCGAUCGAUGUUAUUACCUAUUUGUGCUUCGGAAACUCGGUGGAUGCGCUCAAUACCCCUGAUCAUGAGGCCCCUAUCAUCUUAGCAUUGGAUGCUUCAACACCAGUGUUUCCCGCCUUCAAGCAUUCGUCAAUAUACAAGAACAUGAUCAUCCACUGCCCCCCCAGCAUUUCCAAAGUCAUUAGUCCUCAAACUGCAGGUCUGGUGGAUCUUCAACAGGUGCUCAAGAAGCAAAUCGACAACGUUACCAGCAACCCCGACAACUUGAAGAAGCUACCACACUCAACGACAAUAUAUCAUGAACUUCUGAAACCAGAAUUGAACCCUGGCGGCCAGGUUCCAAGCGCCGGAAGUUUGUAUGAAGAAUCGCAGGCUCUGAUGUUCGGUGGCGCAGAUACAACAGGCGCAACGCUGAUGCAUGGAAGCUUCUAUAUCAUGACCAAGGAAGAUGUUCGUAAGAAGCUGAUUGCGGAACUUCGUGAGAACUGGGAAGACCUAGAUCAACCACUAUCCUUGGCUGCCUUGGAGAAGCUCCCGUACCUGACGGCUGUAAUCAAAGAAUCCUUGCGAAUAAGUCCCGGUGUCGCCUCGCCACUACCGCGAGUUGUACCUGAUUCCGGGACAACUAUUGGUGGCAGAUUUAUACCAGGACGUACAGUGGUGGAAAUGAGCAGUCAUUUCGUGCACCGCAACGCUGAUAUUUUCGAGGAGCCCAACGAAUUCAGACCAGAGAGAUGGCUUGGCCCGGAUGCCAGGAAGCUGGAAAGAUGGCUUGUCAGCUUUUCCCGAGGCCCGCGUAGCUGUCUUGGUCUGAAUCUAGCCUGGGCAGAGCUGUACCUGACUUUUGCAUACGUCUUCCGAGAGUUUGAUGUUGAGAUGGAUCCUUCCAGCCCGAAAGAACUCAGGUGGCGAGAUUGCUUCCUUCCCGAGUAUCUGGGGCCACAUUUGAAAGCGAACAUGACCCCUGUGGCAACGUGA